GAAAGGAGUGGCUUACAUUUCCUAUACCUGUGCGGCUGGAGAAUGAUUAACUGUCCAUUGUUUUUUCUAAACCUUACAGAUGAGCCAUCAGGUCAUUUGAAAACUGUCAUGUUGUCUUGGGGACACUACGAAGCUAGACGUGAGAUGUGUUGGCAGCUUCUUAAAGAAGGUUUGUAGCUGUUUUGGAGUAAUUAUCAAAAUGGCUAAACAUUCACAUUUGGAAUCCCCAAUUGCACUGAAUAAAGAAUCAAAGUACAUUACUAGAGGCCAGCUACAUUCACUUCUGAAAUCCUAUAAUUGUUAUUAUAAGGACCAAAAGAACCUACAGAUAACGUACCACCAAGAUGACCGUGAACAGAUUGUUUUAUCUGGACUUAGUGAGAUAUUCUGGGGAGUUCAGCGACCUAUCCGAUUUAAAAUUCAAGAUGAAAAAUGUAUUUCCUCAGAAUCUAUCCAACUUCCAGAGGUCAUUGGAUCAAGCAUAGCAAAAAGUGGGAUGAUGCGCUGGGGAGAAUUUGAUGACCUUUAUCACAUUGCAGAAAUAGAGGAGCCUGUAAUAAAUUCAGAUGAUGAAUCCAACUCAAAAAAUGACUAUUUGACAUAUGAAUAUGACACAAGUACCCUCAAACCAAGACUUAGUGAUCAUGCACCUGAUUCGCCAUCUUUAUAUCGAACCAUGAGUGAAGCCGCUUUGGUGAAAAAAAGAAUUCGUCCCAACACACCAGAUAGAGCUCAACUACAGCAGCAUCGGUUUUCUAUCAAUGGACACUUCUACAACUACAAAACAUCAAUUUUUACCCCAGCUUUUGGCUCAGAGACAAAAGUUAUGAUUAACAGCAAUAUGACAACAAAAGAAGUUAUUGAGCAGUUAUUACAUAAGUUUAAGAUUGAAACUAGUCCAAAUGAAUUUGCGCUAUACAUUAUUCAUGCCUCAGGAGAAAAGAAGAAGCUGAAGAGCACAGACUGUCCACUUUGGGAAAGACUCUUACAGGGUCCUUCGGGAAACAUAGCCAGGAUGUUCCUCAUGGACAGGGAAGCAGAAGAGAUCAGCAGUGAUGUAGCACAGUAUAUUAAAUUUAACCUUCCACUACUGGAAUCAAUUCUGCAGCGAUUGAAUGAGGAAGAGGAAAAAGAAAUUCAAAAAACUAUUGCAAAGUAUGUUAAUGAAAAGUCCAUUGUGCUUCAAUACCUCAAUUCAAAAACUGUUAAAAAAACAGAGACCACCGUUUAGAAUUUUUUGAAGAAAAUCUGGAUAAUAAUGACACAAGGGUAUCGAUUAAAAGACACUGAAAUUGUGACGUUGCUAUACGGUGAAUAUCCCAAGUAAUGGAUAUAAUGCAAUCUUGUUGCAUAUGGAACUUUACACUAAAUAUCACAAGUGGUAAAAGCACCUCAUACUGUUUGGAAUAUUUCACCAACCUGAUUAAUUUAUUUAUUCAUAAAGUGUAUAGAAUAUGUGUGAAUACAGCUUUUUCAUAUUAAAUAUUGCUAGCAUGAAUAAUAAUAAUUUGAUUGUGAAAACAAACUGCUAAAUAUUUUACCAGUUAAGUGUGUUUGAUUUACAGUAUAUGUUGCCAAUUUUAAUAAACCUGUGAAGAUUUUUAGCAAUUCU